AUGAUCUACUGCCAAUAAAUACACAGCAAGUAGAUCUACACAAUUCGUCUUUUUAUUGACACCAUUGUUACUUUUGAAGGCAGGCUGCUUCGCCCUUAUCAGAGCUAUCUCGGCUUAGUUGGAUACAUCAUCCCAGUAGAAAGAAGAGGACAGUAUUUUAAUUAUAUUUCUUCAACGGCGCUUUAAAGUCCAAGUCAGGCAAAGACAGAGAGAGAGAGAGAGAAUUAUUCUUAUCACAUCGAACGUCUUCAUGGUUAUAAAAAUAACUUCCUUGUCUACGUAAAUAACAUCAAGGAAAAUGAGGAAACAUGACAUGAACAUUUUUUGAAGUGAAGAGAAAAACUUGCCAAAGAGACGGCUGUUGAGAAGAUUAAAAACCCUCAAAAGUUUCGAGUUUCUGAAGUCCAAGAACAGUUUUAUCCAGGAUAUCGUUGAAUAACACCAGAGAUACAAGAACAUCUGGAAAAAGAAACAGUACAAUCCUCAAGAACGAAUAAUCGAUUGCGCAAGCAAAACAUUAAAAUGUCAUCACACUAUAAUUAUCACAAAAAGACCAACAGCAACGACAAAAAAUAAAAAACAACUGACAACUAAAAUGAUUAGUAAUCCUGCUAAAAUAUUUACAUCAAAAAUUUAAACCGAAGACAGAUGCACUGGCUAAAUUAGGCACAAGACGGUGGUGCAAUUUUAACUAGAAUACAAAACAAAAAUCUUGGAAAAAAAACAACCCCCCCCCCCCCCCCAAAGACAGGGGGGAAAGCAAUCCAAAAGAAUAAAUUAGAUAGGAGUCCAAAAAAAGAGUCAAAACUAGAAGAAAGUUGUUAAAAAAGUAGAAUGUCCUUACUGAAGGCAGACAUCCCGCCUGCAAGGUCAAUGCGACCUUUCGACCCUUCACCUCUGAGGCGACCUGCAGUCACACCACAAUGGCGCUGGGCCCAUAAAUAUUUGGUAGAGCAGAGGUAUUUGCAGAGAACACAGUUCCUCGGAUUCACAAAGUUCAAAAUCGUGUCUCGGGAGCGGAGAGGCACGGCAGAGUUGUUCCGCAUGAUCUUCAACUACGCUGGCAUUCCGUGAUUGACCUCAAAGAGUCAGAAAUCCUCCAGAAAGCUUUUUUAGAGCUACAAACCCGAGCUGACGACAACGCAGAGCAGGCAUUCCAGGUGCUCCUCCCCCGUGUGUUCGACUCCUGGGAGCGCCACCUAGAGGCCUCCUUGGGCUACUUCAUCCUCUCCUCCGGCUUCUCUAUCGCCGACAUGGCCAUGUUCGACUUCCUGUCUCAAUACCGCGCUUACCUGCCCCUGGACAACCUUCUGGUGCAGCGGAAACACCUGUGUCGUCAUCUGGCGGCUGUUGAACGUCACCCGAUGCUCAAAGGAUACUUCCAGAAGUACAAUGGUGGAGGCAAGAACCCACCUGACAUUCUCGCCCAGCCCUAGGUCCACGCAGUGGCAAGCGGGGUUCGGGGUCGGUUAAGUAUAGAGCUUGUUGUAGAGCGGGGUUAUGCGUUCUACAAAUGCAAUUUAUUUUUUAUUACUACUAUUAUUAUUACUAUUAUAGUAGUAGUA